GUCUGGAUAUUUUUUUUUGUGGGGAAGGGGCAGGAUGAGCUUGCAGAGUUUUACUGGAAUUUCUCCUUUUCUGAGGAGCUGCCGCUGCUGAAGCAGAUUUUUCCUUCCUUUCUUUUUUUUGUCUGAUGCAGAAUCCCAGUAGCUAGGCAGCCUCCCUCUUUUCUUUCCUUCCUUCCUUCUGCCCCUUCGGUAUGUAGGAGGGGAGAGACAUCAAUGGAAAGGCUGAAAUCCGCGUAGAUGGACUUCCAAAUGCAUUUUUUCUUGAAAGAGGAAGAUAAAUCCCAGUUGCCAGUGCACUGACUUUUUUUGUUGCUGUUGCAUUGCUUGGUAAAAAUGGGGUUCGCUUACUCCAGCUAAAUCCUUGGAGCAUUUCAGAGAGUUGCUACAGUGAAGGACUUCUCGUAUUUUUUUGCAUCAGAGGAGCUACAUUGAUGUUAACAAUUUUUUUGUAAAAUGGAGAACGAAAUAUUCACACCCCUUUUGGAGCAGUUCAUGGCUAGCCCUCUUGUCACCUGGGUUAAGACAUUUGGACCGUUAGCUGGAGGAAAUGGGACCAACCUGGAAGAAUAUGUGGCGCUAGUGGAUGGCGUGUUUCUGAACGAAGUCAUGCUGCAAAUUAAUCCAAAGUCUGCUAAUCAGAGGAUAAACAAAAAAGUAAACAAUGAUGCAUCGUUAAGGAUUCAAAAUUUGUCUAUUUUGGUGAAACAAAUAAAAACUUACUAUCAGGAGAAUUUGCAGCAGUUGAUCAUGAUGUCUUUGCCAAAUGUAUUAAUAAUUGGCAAAAAUCCUUUUUCUGAGCCAGGUACUGAAGAAAUAAAAAAACUCCUCCUGCUUUUACUUGGUUGUGCGGUUCAGUGUCAGAAAAAAGAAGAAUUUAUUGACAGAAUCCAAGGUCUGGAUUUUGACACUAGAGCAGCUGUUGCAGCCCAUAUUCAAGAGGUAACUCAUAAUCAGGAGAAUGUGUUUGAUCUGCAGUGGAUGGAUGUCAUUGUAUUGACACAAGAAUAUGUUGAACCUCUCUUGAAGAAUAUGGCAUUACAUUUAAAAAGACUUAUAGAUGAAAGGGAUGAGCACUCAGAGACUAUCAUAGAACUCUCAGAAGAACGGGACUGUCUCCGUUUUCUACCUCACGCAUCAGCAGCACAAUCACCUUGUGGAUCUCCUGGCAUGAAACGCACUGAAAGCAGACAGCACCUGUCAGUAGAGCUAGCAGAUGCCAAAGCAAAGAUAAGAAGGCUUAGGCAAGAGCUUGAGGAAAAGACUGAGCAGUUGCUUGACUGUAAACAAGAACUUGAACAGAUGGAAGCUGAACUGAAGAGACUUCAGCAAGAGAAUAUGAAUUUACUCUCAGAUGCCCGUUCUGCCAGAGUGUACAGAGAUGAAUUAGAUGCCCUUCGUGAGAAGGCAAUUCGAGUUGACAAGCUUGAAAGUGAAGUCAGCCGGUAUAAAGAGAGGCUGCAUGAUAUUGAAUUCUACAAAGCUAGAGUGGAGGAGUUAAAGGAAGACAAUCAAGUGUUGCUAGAAACAAAGACAAUGUUGGAAGAUCAAUUAGAGGGGACCCGAGCCCGUUCUGAUAAAUUACAUGAGUUAGAAAAAGAGAAUCUACAAUUAAAGGCUAAAUUACAUGAUAUGGAGAUGGAGCGUGAUAUGGACAGAAAGAAGAUUGAGGAACUCAUGGAGGAAAAUAUGACUCUAGAAAUGGCUCAGAAACAAAGUAUGGAUGAAUCAUUGCAUCUUGGCUGGGAACUUGAACAGAUGAAUAGGACUACUGAACUUUCUGAAGUGCCACAGAAAUCACUUGGUCAUGAGGUAAAUGAACUGACAUCAAGCAGAUUACUGAAGUUGGAAAUGGAAAACCAAAGUUUACUGAAGACAGUGGAAGAACUACAAAGUGCAGUGGGGUCUGCAGAAGGCAGUACUUCAAGAAUUCUGAAAACGGAAAAAGAAAACCAAAGACUUAGCAAAAAGCUUGAAGAGCUAGAGAAUGAAAUUAGCCAAGAGAAACAAAGUCUUCAGAACAGUCAAAAUUUGAGUAAAGAUUUGAUGAAAGAAAAAGCACAGCUUGAAAAGACACUUGAAGCACUUCGAGAAAACUCAGAGCGACAAAUUAAGCUAUUAGAACAAGAAAAUGAACAUUUGAAUCAAACUGUAGCUUCUCUAAGACAGCGCUCACAAAUCAGUGCUGAAGCAAGAAUGAAAGAAAUUGAAAAAGAAAAUAAAAUCCUUCAUGAGUCUAUUAAAGAGACCAGCAGUAAGUUAAAUAAGAUUGAAUUUGAAAAAAGACAAGUCAGGAAAGAACUGGAACACUAUAAAGAGAAAGGGGAGAGAGCAGAAGAACUUGAGAAUGAGCUGCAUCAUCUGGAGAAGGAAAAUGAAUUAUUACAGAAAAAAAUUACUAACUUAAAAAUCACUUGUGAGAAGAUAGAAGCUUUAGAACAAGAAAACUCAGACCUGGAAAUGGAAAACAGAAAACUGAAAAAAACUUUGGAUAGCCUAAAAAAUCUCACUUUUCAGUUAGAAUCCUUAGAAAAGGAAAAUUCACAACUCGAUGAAGAAAAUUUAGAAUUAAGAAGAACAAUUGAAUCCUUGAAGUGUACAAGCAUUAAAGUGGCGCAGUUACAAUUAGAAAAUAAGGAACUGGAGAGUGAAAAGGAGCAACUUAAAAAAAGCCUUGAACUCAUGAAAGCCUCGUUUAAGAAAACUGAACGCUUGGAAGUCAGCUACCAAGGCCUAGACACAGAAAACCAAAGGCUACAGAAAGCCCUUGAAAACAGCAAUAAGAAGAUUCAGCAAUUAGAAAGUGAAUUACAAGACUUAGAGUCUGAAAAUCAGACUCUGCAAAAGAACUUAGAAGAGUUAAAAAUCUCUAGUAAGCGCCUAGAGCAAUUGGAAAAGGAGAAUAAGUUGUUAGAGCAAGAGACUUCUCAACUGGAAAAAGAUAAGAAACAGCUAGAAAAAGAAAAUAAAAGGCUUCGACAACAAGCAGAAAUUAAAGAUAGCACUUUAGAAGAAAACAAUGUAAAAAUUAGUAAUCUGGAAAAGGAAAAUAAAUCUUUAUUUAAAGAAAUAGUUGUAUAUAAAGAGUCAUGUGUACGCCUGAAAGAGCUAGAAAAAGAAAAUAAAGAACUUGUGAAAAGAGCUACCAUUGAUAAGAAAACCCUUGUCACUUUACGAGAGGACUUGGUGAAUGAAAAAUUGAAGACCCAACAAAUGAACAAUGAUCUAGAAAAACUUGCCCAUGAACUUGAAAAAAUAGGCUUAAACAAGGAGCGUCUCUUGCACGAUGAGCAGAGCAGUGAUGACAGUAGGUACAAGCUUUUGGAGUCAAAAUUAGAAUCCACACUUCAGAAGUCUCUUGAAAUAAAAGAAGAAAAAAUUGCUGCUUUGGAGGCUCGUUUAGAAGAAUCAACAAAUUUAAACCAGCAACUCCGUCAGGAACUUAAAACAGUGAAAAAGAACUAUGAAGCUCUCAAGCAAAGACAAGAAGAGGAAAGGAUGGUUCAGAAUUCUCCUCCAAGAAGUGGAGAAGAAAAUCAAUCUGUCAAUAAGUGGGAGAAGGAAAAUCAAGAAACUACUAGAGAAUUAUUGAAAGUUAAAGAUCGAUUAAUCGAAGUGGAAAGGAAUAAUGCUACACUGCAGGCAGAGAAGCAAGCACUGAAGACACAAUUAAAGCAACUUGAGACACAGAACAGCAAUCUGCAGGCUCAGAUUCUUGCACUUCAGAGGCAGACUGUUUCUCUACAGGAACAAAAUACAACUCUACAAACUCAAAAUGCCAAGCUGCAGGUUGAAAAUUCCACCCUUAAUUCUCAAAGCACAUCUCUUAUGAAUCAGAAUGCACAGCUGUUGAUCCAGCAGUCUGCUUUAGAAAAUGAAAACGAAUCUGUGCUCAAGGAACGUGAGGAUCUGAAAUCAUUGUAUGAUUCGCUUCUGAAAGAUCAUGAAAAGCUGGAACACCUGCAUGAACGCCAAGCUUCUGAGUAUGAAUCUCUGAUUGCUAAACAUGGAAGUCUUAAAUCUGCACACAAAAAUCUGGAGGCGGAGCAUAAGGACUUAGAAGAUAGGUACAAUCAGUUGCUGAAACAGAAAGUGCAGCUGGAAGAAUUGGAGAAAGUACUCAAGAUAGAACAGGAGAAAAUGCUGCAGCAGAAUGAAAAACACGAAACUGUAGCAGCAGAGUAUAAAAAACUUCGCGAUGAAAAUGAAAGGCUUACUCAUACAUAUAGUCAGCUCUUGAGAGAAAAUGAAGUUCUCCAAACUGAUCAUAAGAAUUUGAAAACAUUAUUGAACAAUUCCAAACUAGAACAAACACGAUUAGAAGCUGAGUUUUCGAAACUCAAAGAACAGUACCAACAACUGGAUAUUACAUCGACAAAACUAAAUAAUCAGUGUGAGCUGCUUAGCCAGCUUAAAGGAAAUCUGGAGGAGGAAAACAGACAUCUACUAGAUCAAAUUCAGACAUUAAUGCUACAGAAUAGAACAUUACUUGAGCAGAAUAUGGAAAGCAAGGAUCUCUUCCAUGUAGAGCAAAGGCAGUACAUUGACAAGCUAAAUGAAUUAAGGCGACAGAAGGAGAAAUUGGAGGAGAAGAUAAUGGAUCAGUAUAAAUUUUAUGAACCAUCUCCGCCAAGAAGAAGGGGCAACUGGAUUACUCUGAAAAUGAGGAAGUUGAUAAAAUCUAAGAAGGAUGUUAAUCGAGAACGUUUGAAGUCCGUGACCCUUACACCUACCCGUUCAGAAUCCAGUGAAGGAUUUCUUCAGCUGCCCCACCAGGACAGUCAGGAUAGUUCCUCUGUGGGCUCAAACUCUCUUGAAGAUGGCCAGACCUUGGGGACCAAAAAGAGUAGUAUGGUUGCACUGAAAAGACUGCCCUUUUUGAGGAACAGACCGAAGGAAAAAGACAAAAUGAAGGCCUUCUACCGUCGCUCCAUGUCCAUGAAUGACCUGGUGCAGUCCAUGGUCCUAGCAGGAGGACAAUGGACAGGUAGUUCUGAGCAUCUGGAGGGUCCUGAUGAUAUAUCUACGGGUAAAAGGAGGAAAGAAUUGGGAGCUAUGGCCUUCUCUACUACAGCCAUCAACUUUGCAACUGUCAACUCUUCUACAGGCUUCAGAUCCAAGCAGUUGCUAAAUAAUAAAGAUACUACAUCCUUUGAAGAUGUAAGCCCACAAGGUAUUAGUGAUGAUUCUAGUACAGGAUCAAGAGUUCAUGGAGUACAGGACAUUAUCUGUGCAGAUGCUCUUGCUCCUCCUGUUCGUGGCAUUUCAACAAUGUGCAAGGUUCCUUGUCAAAUCUGUUUGCCCUUUUCUAAAGUGUCCUCUUGGACUGCCUGGAAAUCCCUUCGCUUUCUGAUCUCUUCCAGACCAGCCAGCCUUGAUAGUGGCAGAACAUCCACUAGCAAUAGCAAUAACAAUGCUUCAAUCCAUGAAGUCAAAGCAGGUGCAGUUAACAAUCAAAGCAGGCCUCAAAGUCACAGCAGUGGAGAAUUUAGUCUGCUACAUGAACAUGAGGCUUGGUCUAGCAGCAGCAGCAGUCCUAUUCAGUAUUUGAAAGGUCAUACAAGGUCUAGUCCUGUGCUCCAGCAAAGAACGCCUGAAACACUGGAUAGUCAUGGAAAACAGAUCAAAACCGGUUCUCCUGGAAGUGAAGUUGUUACCCUGCAACAGUUUUUAGAAGAAAGCAACAAGAGUACCUCAAGCGAGAUGAAAUCUAUGAGUGAAGAGAAUCUUUUAGAUGAAGUCAUGAAAAGCUUAUCUGAAUCUGCGGAGCUGACAGGAAAGGAAAAGCUGAGAAAACAGCCGUCUGCCGGUUGUGGUAUUGUGAGAUCAUUAAGUGUAAAAAAUACAGUUGAUUUCUCAGAUGGACGAUCCAUUAAACCAGAACAGCUUGUAAGGCCUAGCCUUCGUAAAACUGAAGAUACCUACUUCACUAGCUCCCCUAUAAAAUUUACAUCAGGCACUCAAGGAAAGGCCAAAUCAGUUAAAGAAAAGAUACAAGCAACUGUAUCACAGCGACAAUCAAGAGAUUGCAAUCCUUAUGCUACCUUACCUCGCGCAAGCAGCGUGAUUUCUACAGCAGAAGGAACUACUCGAAGGACCAGCAUUCACGACUUUUUGUCUAAGGACAGUAGGCAACCUGUAUCAGUUGAUCCAGCACCAUCCACCGCUGACAGAAGUGUUCCAUCAACCUCUAAUGUGGAAGCUAUCCCAGAAAGCAGAAAUUCAAAAAGCAGGUCUAGGGAGCAACAAAGCUCCUAAUUCUAUUACCCACUACAUGAGAUGUGGGCCAAGUGAGAGAAAAGUGUCCUUCAGUAUCUCAGUAUGAAGCCUUUAUAUCUGAAGUAACAAGACAGCGACUGUAGGAAUCAUUAAUAAAAAUUAAGGGAACUUUUUACAUUCUUCGUGACUAGAGCAGGCAAGAAAUAAAAACCUACCUACCUUCCUUCCUUCCUUGAAUCAAGGAGCUCUACUGGAGUCUACUGCCGAAAAUUUGUAGAUGGUCUUAGGAAUUAUUGCACAUUGCACUGUUAAGAUCUACUGAAUAAAGGACAGUUCUCAUCUCCCUAAGGACCAAGAAUUUUAAGGUCUCAAGAAUUACUCCAGGGGAAAAAAAAUACUUCUUUCAUCUUCCGUUUAUGAAAUUAGCCACUGAUUUGCUUAAGCUUCUGCUAAUAAUUAGCCAAAAAACCCAAUAACUAGCAGUUUAUACUUACUUCUGUAAAUCUAAAAUAAAUGCUGUAGUAUUUUGUUGAAAUUGACUGUAUAUACAGAUACAAAAACCUCACAGCUUGCUGGCACUUCACUGCCUUAUUUGGUUAGCAUAAUCUGCAUGAAAUUGCUCUUUAAAAAGUUUAUGCUGAUUUUUGUUGCAUAGUGCAAGAGAAAAAUUUGUUUACAUACAUGGAAAAGUUCGAUAACUAACAGAAGUGGGAGUCAUGGGAUAAUCGUAUUACAUAGAAAUUGUUUGUCAUUUGUGUUUUUCACAUUCCCAAGUUAUUCUGCAUAUAUAUGUUCAGAUGUUUCUGACAGGAAAUUGUCAGGUAUGAUUUUUCUAUAACUUUUAUUUUAAUAUAAGGCUGUUUUCAACAAAUGGCGCUUCCAGGAUAAGACUGUCUUACAAUGUUUGUGUAUUGACUAAUUUUUUUUAUUGUUUGUCUUUCGACAUGAGCUGAUUGUGGCUUAGGAGGUUUCUUGAUGGCAAAACGAAAUGUAAAUAAUAUCAUAUGCAUUUUACAAUCAGUUCCCCGUAAGGUUAUCUUUUACUAGUAAGAUACAUUUUGUUCAUUACUGAUUUAUAUUAAAGUCAACAAAUGUUAUCGGUACAUUCAAUGGUUGCAUACAUUUGUUGUCUUGAAAGCAUUUGCAGAGAGCUCAAAGGAAGUGUACGUGAACUUCUAAGCAGAUCCAAAAUGAGUUACCAUAAUUACAUUUUAUUACAAACCAGUAAGCACAUUCAUAUUCCUGUUCUAAAGGGUUAAGUUAACGGUGUAACCUCCUAGUGUCCUGUCUUCCAACAGGCAUGUACAUAAUUUCACCUACAGCUGUCUCCAUUCACAUAAGUAAAGGUAAGCGUGACAUUACUUGCAGAAAUAGGGUUGCAGACUACCUGUAAAUUGAUCGCGCUGCUGCUUAGACUCUGUGGUAGAGCCACCACAACUUCAGCUUCAUAAAAGCUUGAUUCUUGAGGCUUACAGGUUUUAUCAUUUAUGAAGUCUCAAGCCAUCAGGGACAGCUGGAACAGAAUAAUCUUUCACUGGAGAGAGAAUGCAGUUCAGCAGAUUCAAAAGCCUACUGGCAAGUCAUUUUUUUAUUUCCCUGAAAGUUUGUCAAAAAGGGGAAAAAAGAGGAAAGUUCAAUAAGCUUUAGAAGGGGAAAUUUUCUGUGGUGUCUUUUUUUUUUUUUUUUAAGUGACUUCCUUCUGAAAUACUUUUUAUGAUAAAGUGUGCUAAAAGCUCUAGAUCUAAACAGAAUAUUUUGGUUUUACAAUAUAAAUACUUGGUUCAGCCUGGGAUUGUUUUCACAGAGACUUUAAACAUUUUUUGUUUUUUCUCUUAAGUGAAAAUAGGACCAAUUUUGCAGCUUUCCAACAUACAGAAUUUCCAUUCUUCCUCUGAAGACGGUUCUGGUAUUUCAUUAAAAUCAUUGGUUUAUUUUCAUUACCAACUCACACUAGCAUCCGUUUCUGGUCCCUUAUUCUCAGUGUCAAGAUUUUCACUGAUUUCAGUGGAAGCAUGGUGAGUUUUGUAGAGCAUUAACAUAUAUUAGCAAUCCCAGGCAUGUUCUGAAGCCCAGAGCACUCCUGAAAUGCAGCUCUGCAAUAGUUUUGUAGGCAGCCAGAGCUCAGUUUGCAUUUGGAAUAAUUUCCCACGUUGUAACUGACACUGUGAUGUUUUUGAGAGGGAUUUGGGGCAUUCCAAGCCAUGCAGUGACAGCUAUGAGAUGUCACCAGAGGGCUGGGUGGGAUGGAUGGCAGCGUCUGGAAGACAUGUCAGGGCCUGUAUACCUGUACACAGGUAAUCUGUGUGUUCCCAUACGCACUCAAAGCUCAGGGCACAGCUGAGUUUCUGCCCCAAUACCAAGCAGGACAGACAAAGCCCUGGUGUGCCCGGGAGGAAGAGUACUCAAAGUACAGUAAGAAUCUGCUGUCAAGCCUGGUUUCUGUGCCAUUCCUGUACUGCAGCACAGGCAGAGCCAUAGAGACUGAAGGAAGAGUUGCCUUUAUAGAAUUUCAUAGGCAAAGAUAGGAAAUCUGGGAUGCUGGUAGCCAUUACCAAAGGCAUAGCUGUUAUGAGAGAGAAUUGAAAUACCAUAAAUGUUAGGAAAGUAUCUCCGAUUCUAAAUUACAGUAUUUUCAAGCUCCUUUCAGGGUCUGAUUGUGAUGGGAUUCUCUGAGCUCUCUUGACAACAGAGGACUGAUGCAUUUCGAACUAUUUGAACUAUUGAACUCUAACCAUUCGGUAGCGUUACUAUUUUUAGAAGAACAUGUGUGUCUUGAAUUAACAGAUUCAAACUGUAGUGCCAAAUGCUGUCUGUAUUCACAGAAUCCGAACCAUUGUGUGUGUGUGUAGGUAGAUUCUCCAAGACCCUGGGAAUUAGGCAAGAGUGGCAUGGCAUAUUGCCAUGACUGCAUGGCACGUGCUUCUCUAUGAGGAGCGUUGCUGGGCACUCAUAAUCUGCCCUCACUGCACGUGGCUGUGUCUUUUUUUUGUCACACGGGCAUCUCCUGAUGUUUCAUUUAUUAGCUCAGCUCUCAUCUGUAUUCAUUAAGUUGUCCAAGAUUACCCAUCACAACUUGUAUGCUUGCUCUUUGCAUAUUAUUACACCUUCUUAAAGCAUUCGUGCAAUCACAGCCAGGGUGUAGUCACAAACUUUGCAAUUACUAUUUGACUGAUAAUGUGUAUUAGAAAUGAACCCCCUUCAUCCAAAAACCUCUGCAAAGUUUCCUCGUACGAGAGAAUUGGCAAGAGUUUGGGGGCAGAUUUCAUCCUGCUGGGGCAGAAGCUAGUGUAGGACAGGUUUGUGUGCCAGAGUCCUGGCUAGUGCCUGUCUGUGCCGUUGUAAGCAGGUUCCGACCCACUUUGUAUCGGUACAGAGGCCAGAGUGGGAUUUUGGGUUGUAUUUGCUAAAUUAGCCAAAAGCAGCACCGGGGAUACGUUUGCAUUUAAGAGAUCAGAAUCUACUUCUCCCAGCACUUUGUUUUGCAAAGAAGUUUCAGAGCAGAAGAGCAGUCAGGAGGUUCACUGUGCUCUGAUGAUUUUUAAAUUAUUUUCUUUUUUCUUUCUUGAUCUUUCCAGUCUGUGCCCUUAAAAUUAAAAUAAAAUAAAAAUGGAAAUUUAAUUUGGGAGCCGCUUCGGAUUUUCUGAAACAUGAACUCCCAGGGGAAGAACAUGGCAGCUGUUGGACAGCAUACAAGAGUACACACACAGCUUUUUACCACUAGAGUUGCCAAAUCUGUCACUGCUAGUUCAAGAUUACAGAAGAGGUUGUAGUAAUUUUUAUUUACUUUUCUGAUAGUCUGCUGAGGAUUUAGUUAACAUUCCCAACAUGUAUUAUUUCUAAACUUUUUCCAAGACAUGAUGCAGCCUCAACAAAGGAGCUCAUGUAUGAUUUUUAGAGUUAGAUGAUAAUGUAUAUGUAAAUAAUGCUUUGAUAUUAAUAAAACUGCCUUAAAGGAAUGUACCUAGGUGUGAAACAAAACUUUAAAAGCUCUUAUUUAAAACUGUAAUUUCCUUUACGUAUUGAUUUUUUUUAAUGUUUGCCAUUGUAUACAUUUAUUAAUGAUGUUAUUAAAAUGCCAAACCAAA